UUUUGCGGCUUUUUUGCGCGAUGGACUCUCCAGAGGAAUCUGCAAUGCCCAAAAUUGCGCAAAUGGACAUUUUCUCGUUAUCUAGCAUAUUGCUUGUCGCCGUUAUGUGGGGAGCAACGAACCCAUUCAUUAAAAAAGGAAGCAUCGGCUACAACGAUUUACAGGCAAACAGCAAACUGGGUCAACUGUGGUUAGAGAUCCGAUUCCUUAUCACUCGCUGGCAGUACAUACUACCGCUGAUUAUUAACCAACUAGGAAGCAUCGUGUACGUGUUAACGCUUCAACGCACGGAAUUAUCUCUCACCGUACCGAUGGCCAACUCCCUAACGUUCGUCUUCACCGCCAUCACGGCCAGACUGCUUGGAGAGCGACAAUCCGGUUGGAGAGUCUACUGUGGUAUGGCACUGGUUGUUCUGGGAACCAUAAUCUGUGGUCUCGAUAAGCUGCUGUGAUCGCUGGGUGAACUCCAGUACCUAGCCCGAUAAACGGUUUUGCUCCUCAGGGCUAGAAUUGGAUAAUUGUAAAUAUACUCGCCUACAAACCAUCCAUGUCUGUGAUAUCUAAAUAUCCCACAUUUUAUAACGUUAAUAUUCUCCUCCAUGUAUUGUUGGAUGAAACAUUAAGUACAGUACCA